AUGACAACGACAAAAAGUUUUAUUGAUCCAAAAGAGCAAUUAGUUAGUCUUGCUGGAUUAGAUCAAAGUAACAAACAACUGCGUGAAAAAAUGAACAAUAUAGGAGAAAAACGUUCUCCACCAUCUGAUGAUGAAGAUAGUACGGUAUAUAACAUAGAAAAUGAUGGUUGUCAACAAAUGACACCACAAGGAAAAAAGAAACCAAAAACAAAUAAUGAUAUAUUCUUUUUCAAUAAAAAAUAUAGUUAUAAUCAACGUAUAGUACAAAACCAAUCAAUGAGAGUUAAUGAUGAACAACAAGGACAAUUCAACAUAUCGAAUCAAGCCUUAAAUUAUGCUGUAGACAACAGCUUCAUUCCAAUUAAAAUUGAAUGUUCACCUCCAUUUGAAAAUCGGGAAGGUGCAAAAAAAUUUGUAAUUAGAUUAUUUAAAUAUAUCGAAAAUGAUUUUCGAAAGAAAUGUCCAGGUAAUCAACAACCACUUGGCUUUCAUCAUUGGUGGAUUGCUUCAAGUGGUAAGAUAUUAUAUGGUGUUACAAAUGAUAUUGAACUUUAUAUGUAUUUAUGCGAUUUAAAACAUUAUCCAGCUCAAAUUGAUGCUAUUAAAUUAAUACCAGAUCCACCAAAACGACUUCCACCGCAACACACCGUAGUUAUUAAAUAUGUACAAAAUGAAAUACAUAAAAAUGAUAUUGAAGAUGAACUUAAAAUUAAAUACCAGUCAGUCUUCGCAAUCGAGGAUAUGAUGGGAACAAUGCGGUCAAAUAGUCGCCAUAUUAGGGUGGAAAUUUAUCAAUUGGACGAUUAUAAUAAAAUUAUAAAUGAUGGUAAAAUUGGACUUCAAGGACAAAUUUUUGAAGUUGAAGAAUAUUUAGCACCCCCAAAAAUUUUAAUCUGUACCAGAUGUAAUAUUCCUGGCCACAUGAAGAAAACAUGCCAGUCGUCAAUUGAAAUCUGUCGAAGAUGUGGUCAAGAUAGAAAUGAUGGUAAAAAUCAUAAUGAAUGUUUGCUUAAAUGUCUUCAUUGUGGUGGUCAACACCUGGCCACUGAUUAUAAAUGCCCGAUAAUUGUUAAAUUUCGUCAAGAACUUCUUAAUCGAUUGAAAAAUGAUCGAAAUAAAUUACCACCUCAUGUUAAACUUUUUAUACCUGUUGAUUGUCGAACAAAUGCUGAUCGAAGUCGAUUUUUAACUUCACGAAAUGAUACAGAAAUACGUAAUUCAGUUCAAUUAAAACCCCCGAUAAUUAAUCCAUGGACAAAAGGACAAUAUGCACCUGUAGAAAUGUGGAACAGCAAUGAGAUGAAUCUAACAAUUAAAUCAUUAGCCAAGGAAUUGUCCGAAAUUAAAAAAAAUUUUGAAAUAGAACGAGAAAAAAUAAAAACGUGUUAUGAAAAACAAAUUAGAACAAUCCAGCAGCAAGGAUGGGUAAUGAUACAACAACAAAUUCAAGCACAAAAUCAAUAUCUUUCAUUAAUGUCAACUAUGAUGAAAGACAAUUUAUCAGCUAUAGGUGAAUUUGCAACAACAAUAACAUCAUUAAGUGAAAUAAUUAAAUCAAAAUAUACAGAUGAAUCUGAUCGAAAUAAGAUCGAAAUGAUGAAAACAAUGAUUAAUUCAUCUUUACAACACAUCAAGAAUUUAAAUGAUUCGUUUAUAAAACAAGAAACAAAUUUACAUUUUAUUAUGAAUAAACAAUCACGGGUAUUUGAAACGGCAUUAGAUUGUUUUUUACCAACAAACAAUGGAUAA